AUGGAACGCCAGCCAGUCACUGGGCGACAAGCACAAGAGGAGGUGGUGCCGCGUCGUGCAGUGAUCGUGCACCUACAGCCCGCGCAGCAGCAACAACAUCAACAUCAGCCGCGCCACGUCUCAUGGGACGAAAAUGUGCACGAGCACCAGAACCAGCAUGUCAGUAAGAGCUGUUGCGUGUUCCACAAGAAAAAGCUUUUUGGGGAGAGUAGCAGUGAUGAGAGUAGCAGCAGCAGCAGCAGCAGCGAUAUCAGUGACGACGACAUGGGGGGAGGUGGCAUGGACCAUCAUCGCCAUGACGAGUGCGGGGGCGACCACGCUGCAGGCGAACACCACCACCGCCACAAGAAGCGUCCGCCAUGCACGAAGGAGCACUGCUACUGUGGAACACGCUUCCAUUGA